UUUUAGGUGAAGAUAUUAAUUGUUAGAUCAAAAUAUCCAACUGAUGUAUUACAUUCAAUGUUCAAUUAUAAUUUUACAAUCAAUCAUUUAUUGUACAGGUUUUGUCAGUUUAUACAUAGAAAAAGAAAUCUAUCACAAAGUUAAUUCAGAAUAUAAUAUUUAUCAGAGGAAUUUCACUUUUGAUGUAGCUAAAGAAAUUCUACCAGUUAAAUUAUUAAUUAUUACUUUAUAUUCAUUUAUAACAUUGAUGGGUGUGACAGGAAAUCUGUUAGUAGUAUGGGUUGUAUUACGUGUAAAAUUAUUACAAACAAUUACAAAUAUAUUUAUUGCAAAUUUAGCUGUUUCUGAUAUUUUAAUGAGUCUUGUAGCUACACCCUUUACUCCGUUAUCAUUAUACAUGAGUAAUUGGACAUUACCUGAAGCUGUAUGUAAACUGUUGCCAACGACUAUGGGUGUUUCAGUUUAUGUUUCUACAUUAACAUCAAUGGCAAUCGCUUUGGAUCGAUUUUUUGUUAUUGUGCAUCCAUUUCUGCCACGAAUGAAAGUAUGGUUAUGCUUUAUUAUCAUAUUUACUGUAUGGAUAAUAGCUGUACUUAUUUCAAUGCCAUUAGCUGUUUAUCAACAAAAGCAUAAAGAUCCUAUCAAUAAUGUAUCAAGUUGUCGAGAAAAUUGGCCCAAAGAAUCAUCACGUGAAGUAUUUACAAUUGUUAGCUUCGUUCUACAAUUUGUUAUACCAUGUAGUAUUAUUUCAGUAUGUUAUUUUCGUAUAAGUUUGUUAUUACGCGCUAGAUUACAUACACAAAUUGGUAGUGGAACUAAAACACAUAUGAAAGAGGAACGUGAAAUAAAACGUAAACGUCGAACAAACACAAUGUUAAUGGCAAUGGUAAUUAUAUUUGUUGUUUGUUGGAUACCAUUAAAUAUUUUAUGGAUGGUUAUGGAUGUAUAUAGUGAAGAACAAAUAAAUGAUGUACAAAAUUCUAAUAAUUUCAGUUUAAUCUUUUUUGUAUGCCAUUUAUUAGCUAUGAGUAGUGCUGUAUACAACCCAUUUCUAUAUGCAUGGAUGAAUAGCAAUUUUCGUAAAGAGUUUCAUCGUAUUUUACCAUGCUUCUUUCUAAAAUCAAGAUUUUAUGCAAAUCAAAUUACUACACAAACUGUUGGUGGUGAAUAUACAGCUGUACGUGUAAAUUAUUUGAAUUCAACAAUUCAACCACCAUCUGCAGUUCUACGAGGUAGUGUAGAAUUGAAAGAAACUAGUCGAAUUAUGUCAAAUGAAUUGACUAUAAAACAACAACCACAACAAAAUGAUAAUAUGAAUUACAAUAACAAUAUCAUUAAUAAAAAUGAUGAUACUUUUAUUAGUCAUAUUGAAGAAACAGGUAAACAAGAUGUUCAUAAACAAUUAACUCAUAGAACACAGGCAAUAAUUUAUCACAAUCAGUCAGAUGAAUGUCUAAACAGAAUAAAUACAAAUUUAGACAAUCAAAUAAUGAUGGAAACCAUUGGUAAUAAUAAUAAUAAUAAUAGUGAUAUUAAUAAUAAUAAAGUUCUUGAAAAUAUCAACUGUCCGCAAAUAUUCAUCCUUAAGACAACUGAACCGUGAAUAAACCUUAUAUGUCUCGAAAUAUGUAUAGAUAUUAAUUAUUAUAGAUAAUGAAAAUUAUUUUUAUGUUAAAUUUUCUA